CAGUGUGUCCUCCAAGUGCAGAGAUGUGUGAGGUGGGGGCCCUUGGCCUUGGCCUCUGUGUCCUGGCCGCUGCUCAGGACCUGCAGGGCACACAGUGGUGUCCCCAGCUCUGCAUGUCCCAGUCCAGAGAGGGAGCAGGACGAUGGAGUUUGGAAGGAUUUCAGCUCCAGGCUGGCCACUGGACCGAUUUCAGCAUUUUUUGAGAAGUGCUUCAGUUCCUAAGGAGAAACCGUCUCCUCCAGAUGUGGAGGACCCACCCCCAUACCUCACGGUGGAUGAACUUUUAGGAAGGCAGAGAAAAGUCUACCUUGAGACCUAUGGCUGCCAGAUGAAUGUGAAUGACACAGAGAUAGCCUGGUCCGUCUUACAGAAGAGUGGCUACCUGAGGACCAGUAAUCUUCAAGAGGCUGAUGUGAUCCUCCUUGUUACAUGUUCUAUCAGGGAGAAGGCUGAACAGACCAUCUGGAAUCGUUUACAUCAGCUCAAAUCCUUGAAGUCAAAACGGCUCCGCUCCCGAGUGCCUCUGAGGAUUGGGAUUCUAGGCUGCAUGGCUGAGAGAUUGAAGGAGGAGAUCCUCAACAAAGAGAAAAUGGUGGAUAUUUUGGCUGGUCCAGAUGCCUAUAGGGACCUUCCUCGGUUGCUUGCUGUUGCUGAGUCAGGCCAGCAAGCUGCCAAUGUGCUGCUGUCUCUGGAUGAGACCUAUGCUGAUAUCAUGCCUGUCCAGACGAGCCCCAGUGCUACUUCUGCCUUUGUGUCUAUCAUGCGAGGCUGUGACAACAUGUGCAGCUACUGCAUUGUUCCUUUCACACGUGGCCGGGAGAGGAGUCGGCCUGUUGCCUCCAUUCUAGAGGAAGUGAGGAAGCUUUCUGAGCAGGGGCUGAAAGAAGUGACACUGCUUGGUCAGAAUGUUAAUAGUUUUCGGGACAAUUCAGAGGUCCAGUUCAACAGUGCAGUGUCCACCAACCUCAGCCGUGGCUUUUCCACCAACUAUAAAGCCAAACAAGGGGGCCUUCGUUUUGCUCACCUUCUGGAUCAGGUCUCCAGAAUAGAUCCUGAUAUGAGGAUUCGUUUCACCUCUCCCCACCCCAAGGACUUUCCUGAUGAGGUUCUGCAGCUGAUUCACGAGAGGGACAACAUCUGUAAACAGAUUCAUCUACCAGCCCAGAGUGGAAGCAGCCGUGUAUUGGAGGCCAUGCGGAGGGGAUAUUCAAGAGAGGCUUAUGUGGAAUUAAUUCAUCAUAUCAGAGAGUCUAUCCCAGGUGUGAGCCUCAGCAGUGAUUUCAUUGCUGGCUUUUGUGGUGAGACGGAAGAAGAUCACCUCCAGACAGUGUCUUUGCUUCGGGAAGUUCAAUACAACAUGGGCUUUCUCUUUGCCUACAGCAUGAGACAGAAGACACGGGCAUAUCACAGGCUGAAGGAUGAUAUCCCAGAAGAGGUAAAAUUAAGGCGUUUGGAGGAACUUAUCGCUGUCUUCCGAGAAGAAGCAACAAAAGCCAACAAGACCUUUGUGGGUUGUACCCAGCUGGUGCUGGUGGAGGGGCUCAGUAAACGUUCUGCCACUGACCUUUGUGGCCGGAAUGAUGGAAACCUUAAGGUGAUCUUUCCUGAUGUAGAGAUAGAGGAUGUCACUAACUCUGGACACAGGGUCCGAGCUCAGCCUGGGGACUAUGUGCUGGUGAAGAUCGCCUCAGCCAGCUCUCAGACACUUAAAGGACAUGUUCUCUGCAGGACCACUCUGAAGGACUCCACAGCAUGUUGCUGACCUGAGUGGUUGGCCAGCAGGAAGAGAGUUAUGACUGGUCACUAAUGAAAGAGGUAAAGAAGCUCUGGAGACAAGCUGCAAGUGGUGAAGCAACUUUCUGUGAAAUGGAAGCUGCAUUUCUUUGCUGCUUUGUGAACAGCUUUGACUGUCAUUAAAUUUACCUAAA